AUGGAUCUAAGGAGCUUAAGAGCUGGUGACUCGGUCUCCAAGCGCAAGACGCAGAGCGCUGCUUCUUCGAGCAGCGGGUCGCUGAUGCGGCUCCGCAAGAACAACACUCCGACACCCCUGCUUACAACCCCACAUGGAACUCCCUACCAGUUGAGUUCUCAGAAUCAUGUCACUGCAGAAUCAGCAAAGCUGAACGAGCGCACAAGAAACAUGCGUGUCUACGCCGCCAAGGCCCAAGGUGCCUCGUCUGCCGAUAGCGUGGAGUGGAAGUGGCACAUACAUUCGACAUUACCGCUGCUUGGGGACUCCGGCGCGCGGCUUAAACUUAUCGUUAUCGAUGCAAAUAGCGGGAUAAAAAGUCCUGAAUUUGAUGUCGACGACUGGGCUUGGUCCCUACCAAGGGACGAUGGCAGCAAUGGCUGGAAACGCGAGGGCGCGAUUCUCCUGCCAAAAAACAUCAAGUCUCCAGGGGCUGUACUAAUUCGCAAAGAGCCUGUCGAGAACGGCGACUCCGCGCGGGAUUACAUUACCUCCUUCGAACUCAUCUGUGCCACUUCCAAGCACACGUUUCCCGUCAGCAGCUGGAUUUGUUCAGAUCACGGUGAACGUGUGUUUUUCUCUGGAACUGCCUACCUGCUCAAGGACACCCCAGCGGGCAUGAAGUCGGAGCGCGACAUCGACCUGGAGGCGCUGCGGGGCACAUACGGAAGCCGUGAUGAUAAGCGGAAGGAGACCGACCGCAUCUACUGGUACCAGACGUACAACGACCUCAGCACCGGCGCUCUUAUUCGCCCCAAUCUGGGACAUACCAAGGAUCUGCCGUACCCCCGCCGUAUUGCCACCAACCGCGGUAACGUGGAGGACCGCGAGGUUCCACCGCCUCCGGGCGAGGAAAUAUGGUUGCCGCUUGACGACCGUUUUGGAAAUGAGAAGGCUCAAGAAUUUAAUGCAGGAUCUCAGCUUGGAGUCGCAACAGCCGCGUUCACAGUAAUCGCGGAAGCCGCCGACGUCAAAGAUCGCGCACCCAUCACCCUACUGCCCAGCUUAACCAUCGGAAUCAUUAGGACAAUUAUCGCCAAGAUUCUUCGUUUGUUCAGCCCCCCCUUGGACUAUUUUGAGGACUUCGAGGAUGUUAUUGCAAUGUACAAAAAGGCUAGCAGCUCUUUCGAGGCCCUGCUACCCACAAAACUGUACCCCGAGGUCACUGCUAAUCCUGGCGCGACUAGAAAGGUCAGAAAGGCGUCAUCGUUCAGAUCGGCUGACGGUACCUGGGAUUUCGAGUUGAAGAAGAAGGACGCGGUCCAGCUGGAUAACCUGACAACCGAGGAGAGGGUCCCCAUCCAGGUGGGCCCUCUGUACGGAUCCGCCACCGGCACCCCUGCUGGGCGCAGCGCCUUCACCGAGGACUCCAAGCCCGGUGCGAGCGGGAAGAAGGAACGAGUCGGGUCCAAGCUCUGGGACUUCCUGACUGGCAACACGCCAAGCGUUAACAACCUUUUCAACUUCAAUAUUCCCCGCGUGCUAGAUAGCCGCCCUAACGCCUGGCAUUCCGAUGAGGAGUUCGGUCGCCAGGCCGUAGCGGGGUAUAACCCGUGUGUCAUCAAGGCCCUCACGGAGCUCCCGGAGACCUUUGGCAGCGCCAUUCGGGAGGAGCACGUCAUCGGCGACCUGCAGGGCGAUACAAUGAAGGACUUGGUUUCGGAGGCGAAGGCUGGCGGCAAGCCCCGGCUGUACUACAUCGACUAUUGGGAUCUGUCGGCCAUCUGGGCGUUGGCUGACAAAGACCCUGCCAAGAUUGAUGUGAAGCCUACGGGGUGGUUGGGCAAGCUGCUCCAAUUCUUUCUGGGCCGGACCGACGAGGGCCAGGCCGUACAGCAUGCCGGCCGCGCCAUCCUCUACCUCAAAAAGGAUGCUGAGGGCAACGACGUGGGGCUCAUCCCAGUGGCCAUUGAGCUAGCCCAUAAGGAGCAGCCCGGCCCGGCGCCCUCUUUCGGACAUGUUUACUCCCGCUCGCAACUCUCCGCCGACCCCUCCACGGAGGCAGUGUGGCGGUUGGCCAAGAUGAUUUUCAAGUCGCUGGACUCUUCCUUCCAUCAGCUGAUUAGCCACUGGCUCCGAACCCACUGCGUGUUGGAGCCCUUCUAUAUCGCCCUACGGCGACAGAUCAGCGCCAUGCAUCCGGUUUACAAGCUGAUGCUGCCGCACUUCCGCUACACUGUGAACAUCAAUCGCAAUGCACGCGCGAGCCUUAUCAAUGCGGGCGGUGUCAUCGAGAAGACCUUUUCUGCGGGGCCUUAUGCCAUGCGCCUAUCGUCCAUAGUGUACGGCAAGGACUGGAACUUCGCCACGGAGGCCCUUCCGGAGGAUCUCAAGACCCGGGGCAUGGUGGACGCGAACGGCAAGCCCUGGCUUGAUUACCCGUACGCCACGGAUGGCUUGGAUGUGUGGAACGCCCUGACGUCGUACUUCGACAAGUACCUGAGGCUGUACUACAAAAGUGACGAGGAUGUAGAGAACGACGCGGAGCUGAAGGAAUGGUGGUCCGAGGUCAAGACCGUGGGCCACGGGGACCUUAUGGAGUUCGGACUCCGCCCCGGUGGCGAGGAACAGCUUUGGGGUUUCGAGGGCAACAUCACUUCCGUACAGCAACUCGUACGGGUGCUCGCCACCAUUGCCUGGCUGGGAUCGGGCCACCAUGCGGCGGUCAACUUCGGGCAGUACGACUACACGAGCUUCGUCCUCAAUGCACCAUCAUUGGUGCGGAAGCCCAUGCCGGCGCCUGGGGAUAAGUCCUGGGAGAAGCUGACACGGGCGCCUGUCGGGGAGAAGCAGGAAGCCAUUAUCAUGACCUACCUUUCCGACCCGUUCACCGCCGCCACGGUCGCCGCUACUGUCAAGCUGUUGUCGACUCACGCCCGGGAUGAGCAGACCCUCGACGAAAUGAACCCGCAUCUGGUGGACCCUGAUGCUUGCGUGGCGAACCAGGACUUCAUCGAGGACAUGAAGCGCCUUGAGCAAACCAUUGAAAUGCGGAACGCGGAUUCGAAGAACUGGGCCCGGUUCAGGCUGGCGCUGGGUGACACCGCCCGCCCGCUGCCGUACACGCUACUGUUGCCGGGCUCGCCUGCGGGCGUUACCAUGCGCGGCGUGCCGUAUUCAGUUUCCAUCUGAGGUCAUGCAUAGCACGUGAGAUGUUUUUCGGUUUGUCUCGUCCCAUGGAGGACCUCUGGAGUCGUUUUAAAUUAUGCAAGGAAGGGAUGCGAAGCCGGAAUAUACAAUACAUUGAAAAUAUGUACAUAGGUCAUUCCGCGAAGUGGCCAGAAGUUGCACCAAAUCGCUUGUUGACGUCUUGAAAUAGUCGCUCGUCGUAGGUCCUUAUCACCAGCCACUGAUAUUUCUGGCGUCUUACAAAAAAAAUAUAUUUUUUGUUUGCGUGCGGAUUAUGCAGUAAGGGCAUUUUGUCCGCCCGGCGCACAUGCAUGCUAUUGUUGUUAGAUAGAGCAGAGGGAGCGAGGGUGAUCAGUAAAUUACACCAUAUACGGCCGCGCCUAUGGAACGAGAGAGGGGUUCGCCUUGCGCACGACCCAACGGGUUCCGGGCCUUUUUCCUUUUCUACAACAUGCAGCAGCAGGUUACGCGGCGUUUCGAUGAAUACAAAAAUUUUGCCGAAAAAGCGUGAGGACGCGGGCGUUAUUGCAGAGCUGCUGAUAAAUAUUUAAUAUGAGUACUUGAUCACACCAUAUUUAUGAAAAAUAUCGUUCGUAUCGUGAAAAUGAGUCUGGUGGUUUCUACGGCGGUUUUAGCUGGUAUACAUCAGAUGGUUAAUUAUCGGAUGGUUACAUAUGCGCAUGCGCAACUGCUGGCCCCCCUAACAUAAUCUCUAACCACCCGCUCCUGUUUGUUCCUAUCUAUGUCUGUUGCAUGUCGAGACUCCUCUGUGAUGUCUAGCCUUGGACUCGACAACUAGAAUCUUGUAUGUCUCGCGUCCUUUUCUGGGCGUCGACCGUGAGCUAGCUGAGACGAUGUGGCCAGUGAGGCUGUGGGUAUUUUUGACCGCCCAGUGUUACACGCUUAGCAGUUGGUUGUUGGCGGUUGACACUCGUUUUAGGGCCCUGCACACGAUCGGGCUCCACUGCUGUUACUACUUCUAUUACUGCACCAACAAGACCCUCCUCCCGUGUGGAGGAGGGGAUUUCUCGACCCUAAGGCAGGUAUCGCUGAUUUGAGGCAGGUUUAUACACUCAGGUAGAGCCACGUACCGCGCAUUGGAGGGGACAUAAAUUUAUGUGCGCGACAACGUACGUGCAUACGUACGUACACCCGACGAUUAAGGGCGUUCUCACUGCGCGCGGCACUUGUUAAAAUUGUAAAUAUCCAAGUAUAUCU